CAGCUCGGAAAGCUAGCUGGACCGACCAGAUGCUUACUGGCGUGGGACCCGGAGCUGCCGGUUGUGGGGCAGGAGCAGGAUCGGAGCGUAGGUCUUGGCCUCUGCCCUGUGACAGCUCCCAGCUGGAGGGUGCAGGGGAGCUGCCCGGGCUAGGGGCCACAGCAGAAGGGAAGAAGAACAGGAGCCCGAAUCCUCUCAUCCCCCAGGCAGCAGGCAUGGGCUGCAUCCGGACUCUAACUUCAGCUGGCCCUGGUGGCCCACAUGGGCAUAAGGUCUAUUUUUAGAUCUGCCACAGAAAGCUAACCACCAAGCUACAGUGGUAGUCAGGGUUUCUCAAGGGCUGUUGGGGCAGAGGCAGGAGUGGGUGGGAGAGACCAGCCCUGCUUCCUUCCACAUCACCCUUGGCCACCCCCCAGCCACCCAUCCCGAGCCCAGACUAGUUCUCCAUGGACUGUCAGACAGCCUGCCUCUGGGCCAAGGGCAAGGUCAGGGGGUGCAGCCACGAGGGCAGAUGGACACGGUCUUCUGGUCUGGGCAAGGGUUGCGUCAGCCCAAGCAGGGGCCCAGGGCAGAGGUCUCUGAUGAGAGGGCAAAGGCUGACCAGGUUGUGGGAAGGCAUGUUCAGAAAGUCAGGGCCUCCCCCAAGGGGUCAGUCCCACAGGUGGCCAGUAACGCUGUUUGAACAUAGGCAGGGAGCCUGCCUUUAAUGAGCCUCAGUCUCCCCUUCUGUGCAGUGAGAGUGCUGAAUCGGGAUUCCCAGAUCCUCUCUCCUGCCCUGGGGUCCCCACCUUCCCCAUUUGCUACAGAAAUUCCUGACUUCCUUCUGGCCCUGGCUGCGGGUGGCCACAUGCCCCUGUGGAAAAGGAAGUCCCUCUGGCUGGUACUGUCAGCCUCCUGGUUCCUUCUCAUCCUCCUGGGAGUCUUCCCCUUUCGCCUGGAAGUACCACCUGGACCUCUACCAGGGAGCUCCCAAAGCUGGCCACGCUGGUUGGAUGCUGCUUUUCUACAGAGUUUCUCCCAGUCUGAGACACUCCCAGAAGAUGCCCCACAGCUUCCUCAAGCCUCCCGGGGGAGCAGCUGCACCUGGGGGGCCUGCUUUGACACCUCCAAAUGUAAGGGAAAUGUCCUCAACAUCUUUGUGCACCUCCCAGCUGGUCCAACCACUGAGGCUCAUCGGAGGAUCCGGGACUUCUUGGAAGGCUCCCGAUACUAUGCACUUAGCCCAGCAGAAGCUUGUCUCCACCUCUUUCUCCCCAGCCAGGACCACAGAGGAGCAUGCGGGCCCCUGCCUCCAUACUGGAAUGGGGGCCGGAACCAUCUGGUCCUCAGUCUGUAUCCAGCCCCCUGCACCAGGCUGGGACAGGCGAUGGUAGCUGAGGCCAGCCCCUCCUUGGACAUCUUCAGACCAGGCUUCGAUGUAGCUCUCCCAUAUCUUCCUGCAGCUCACCCAUUGCAAGGUGGGGCUCCUGGCCAGCUGCAGCAGCAUAGUCCCCAGCCUGGAGCCACCUUCCUGGCAGUUGCAGAGGAGAGAGGCAGGUGGCGCACCAUAAGCACCCGUGCCUCAGCCUGCCCUUGGGGCAGGCACUGUGAGCAAGACCCCGGACCCCAUCAGACCCACCCAGGAGAAACACUACUCAAGGCCACCUUCUGCCUCAUUCCUGGCCACCGAUCUGCCGCUUCCUGCUUCCUCCAAGCCCUUCAGGCCGGCUGUAUCCCUGUGCUCCUCAGCCCUCGCUGGGAGCUGCCUUUCUCUGAAGUCAUCGACUGGACCAAGGCAGCCAUCAUUGCUGAUGAGAGGCUCCCGUUGCAGGUCCUGGCUGCUCUCCGUGAAAUGCCGCCUUCGAGGAUUCUCUCCCUGCGGCAGCAGACCCAGUUUCUGUGGACUGCUUACUUCUCCUCAGUGGAAAAAGUCAUCCAUACCACACUAGAGAUCAUUCAGGACCGGAUGCGGGGUGCCUCAGCUCACCCCUCUCUGAUGUGGAACAGCCCCCCAGGGGCACUCCUGGCUCUCCCCACUUUCUCCACAAGCCUGAAGGAUUUCCCCUUUUAUCACGUGCAACAGGGCUCCCUCCCUGAGAGCAGCUUCAGCGCCCUGAUCUGGGUAGGGGUCUCCGGUGAGCCCUUGCUGAAGCUUAUCCAGGCGGUGGCAGGUUCCCGGCACUGUGCCCAGAUCCUGAUCCUCUGGAGCAGUGAGAAGCCACCCCCUGACAGGUGGCCCGAGACAGUGGUGCCCUUAACCGUCAUUGAGGGGCACAGGAAGGCCAGUGACCGAUUCUUCCCGUACAGUGACAUCAGCACCAACGCCAUCCUCAGCCUUGAUGCCCGAAGUGAUCUUUCUACCAGUGAGGUGGACUUUGCCUUUGUGGUGUGGCAGAGCUUUCCUGAACGGAUGGUGGGCUUUCUGACUUGGAACCACUUCUGGGAUGAGGCCCGGGGUGGAUGGGGCUACAGUACAGAGAUGUCCAAUGAAUUCUCCAUGGUCCUCACUACAGCUGCCUUCUACCACAGGUAUUACCACACCCUCUUCACCCACUCCCUGCCUAAGACCCUGAGGACCAUGGCAGAUGACACUCCCACCUGUGUGGACGUCCUGAUGAACUUCCUGGUAGCAACUGUCACCAAGCUGCCCCCUAUCAAGGUGCCUUAUGGCAGGCAGCAGCACCAGGAGGCUGCCCCACUGGUGAGAGGCCUCCAGGAACUGGUCCUCACUAGGAAAGCACAGGCCGCUGAGGGACCUGGACCGGGACCAGAGCCUCAGCCUCUGGCUCAGGACUGCAUCAACCGUGUGGCAGCGGGGUUCGGCCACAUGCCUCUGGUGUCCUCUCGAGUGCGUCUGGACCCAGUACUGUUCAAGGACCCGGUGUCCGUGCAACGCAAGAAGUACCGCAGUCUAGAGAAGCCCUAGGCAAAGUGCUGCCGCUGCCUGCUGGACAGCAGAGAACCAAUCAAGACGCAUAAAAGUCAUGUCCCGGCUUGCCAAUCACGACAGGGCGCCCUCAGGGGCGGGGUCUCCCCUUGGCUGCGGCGGGACAGCGUUUGGUUUGGCAUCGGCCGGGGCACAAGCUGAUUCCGGUUCCUGAAAUGCCUUUCUCUGUAUCUCUGACUGUUCCAUUCCUGACCCGCAUGCCCACUCACCUCCUUGGUGGUCUCAAAGUCUCAGGCUGAGUGCUUGGGCACACCGUCCGGCCCCAGGACGGGCCUAGGAGCUCCAGAGGGCGGAUCCUGCCCCUCCUCUCUUCGGUCUGGCAGGUGCAUCGUAAAUAUUUGACCUAUAGCUACAAGAGUAUUAACUGGAUGCCAGCGUGGGCAGAGUGUGCACGAGACAAAACUCCCCUGCCCUGGAGUCCCUAGUUCACAAAGAAAGCAGACAUCCGUAGACACCAGGGUUGCUAGGCUCCAUCAAGACUAGCAGCGCUGCGCUACCAAUCUUCACCACUAGAGGUCAGCUGCUGUACCGCUCAGCUGCUGUACCGCUCUCCCUUCGAAAGGAUGGAAUUUGGUUUUGAUUUCUUGAAUUUUUUUUCUUUCUUUCAUUUUUCGUUUU